AUGUUUAUAGCUUUCUUUAUAUCAUUAGCUAUUUCGCAAUGCACAGUUCAACUUUGUGAUUACGCGUCGGGUAUUGCACAAAUGAAGACUGAAAAGAUAUCAAAAGUCGAUGCUCUAAACAUAUUAAAUAAAGUGGAUGAGUAUUUAGGGGCUUAUGCUUUUAGAGAUAUUGCCAAAAAUCCACCACAGCCGUCGGGACAUGACGGGUAUUUUCCACCAUAUGAUAUGGAUGCUGGAAUUGCAGAGAUCCAGACUUACUUGGAUUCACAAACAGACUCUGUAAGCUUCCACGACUUCUAUGUCAAGUUGAUUAGACUAAUGGGAGGGCCUCGUGAUUUACACUUGAGUAUUUCUAUGGAUUCCAAUGUCAAACAUUUAGUUGCAGAUUACUUUGUGGUGAACCCAAUACAAUUUAGUCUGAAAGGUACAAAAGUCUAUUUUAGUGUCCCGUCGACUAUUUUAGGUGUAGAUCCUGAAAUUAUUUUUGGAGGAAGUUUAAUAUCAGAUUUAAGAGCAAAAGCAUAUAAUGGGGAUGAAGUGAUAACAAUUAAUGAUAUCAACGCAACUCAAUUUAUUCGAGACUACGCUUACAAAUACUUUCUACUCAAAAAUGAGAACGGAGCAGUCACUUAUUUCCAAUCUGCAUUUGUCUUGCAUGCAUACUCUGAUGUUCCUAUUGAUACAGCAGACACAACUUUUAAAUUGAGUUUUUCUGAUAACACUGAGGUGUCUUUUAAUUCAUACUUUUUCAAUGAAGGAGGGAAAAAUGCCAAAAGUCCAUUUACAACCGCUAUUGAGACAAUCAAAAAAUUCAAGAAAGGAGUUGAAGAGAGAAAGAAGAAAGAUGCGAGUCGAUUUGAAUUUAAAACACUUGAACCAAUUACUAACAAAUUGUUUCAGCCCAAAUUGAAGGGAGCAAAUUUGUAUACACAUUCACUCACUGAUGUGAUUUCAUGUGGAAAGCGCAAUGUAAGUGGCAAAGACAUGAAUAUACUGACAGUCAAUUCUUUCUCUCCAGACAAUUAUACGGACUUCUUCACUUACGCCAAAUUGUGUGGAGAAUUGUUUGAUACUAAUACAGACCCGAUUGUCGUCUUCUUACCUUUAAAUGGAGGAGGUUAUGUCGAUGCAGAAGUUUAUUUAUACAACUUACUCUCACCUAACACUGAUUAUAAUAAAAGAAGUGUAGCUCGUAUCAAUUCAUCCACAGAGAAGGUACUCAGAAACGGCUUUGGAUUUGAUUUAAUUGAUCCAACAACAGGUACUCCAUAUUGGACGGAAUCAGACUCAACACAUGUUGGGGCUAUGGGAAGUUGGUAUGACACUCCACAAACUGAGAUGUAUGGAAGUGUUAAUUUCACACAUACUAUUCCUUCUUAUUUGGACUCAACCAACGAGAGAUAUGAAACUAAAAACAUCAGAAAACCAAAUGAAAUUGUGGUCUUUUCAGACCAUUAUUGCUUCUCAGCUUGUUCACUACUUACUAAACACUUGGUCGAUAAAAAAGCUGCAAUUUUGGUCACGUACGCUGGUUUACCUUAUUCGAAGUACAGAACAGUUGGAGAGAGUCCAACUGCAGUUAUCGAAGAUAAACAAAUUCAUAACGGGCAGGAAACAGUGUUGAGUAGUAAAGGACUAACUAUGGGAAUAUCUUUCUUCCCCACUUUACCAUUAAACAAAGACGAUAUGAUCCCAAAUGAGUAUAAAGUGCACGAACCAGAUGAAUAUGUACCUCUUGAGACAUUCAGCGAAGACGAAACGACUGUUGAUGCGUUUUUGGAGCAAGCAAUUUUGAUCAUGAAAAAGCACUCAGAAAAUUGCGAAGAAGGAAGUGUAGUGAAAGAAUCAAAAUGCACACAAAAUAGUGUUUCAGAGAUAUGGGGAACUAAAUGUGUCAAUGGAAUUUACUCAUUAGAUAAUUGUGUUUUUGUGGAGUGCAACAGUGGGUAUAAAAGUGACGGGCAAACGUGUGUUAAAAAUGAUACAUCGGAGUGUAAGUCGGGUGAAGUUAGUGUCGACAAGUUAUGUUCAGAAACGACCGAAUCAGAGCUAUGGGGAGCGACUUGUGUUAAUGGCAAGUUUGAUACUACCAAAUGUCAGUUUGUCAAGUGUCAGUCUGGAUUUACUCAGACCACAGAGAACAAGUGUGUUAAAGAUGAAAAAUGUGUAGAUGGAACUAUUCUUCAAAGUGAUAAAUGUAAAAAUAUGAAAGAAGGAGAGAUAUGGAGUGCGACGUGUGUGGAUGGUGUUUUUGAUUAUGAACAUUGUGAGUUUGUCGGGUGUAAAGAUGGGUAUAAAAAAGAAGAUACUGGAUUUUGUGUGAAAGAUCACAAUGAAAAUGUCGACUCAGAUACAUCCCAUUUGAGUUUUAUUGUUGUGUUUAGCGUGUUGAUGAUCUUCUUAAUAUAA